AUGGGAGGUAGAAUUCAUGGCUUUUUAGGAGGGGUUUUAUUAACCUCUGUAUUUACAUAUUACACUACUGAAUACAUUCACAAAAACCAACAAUUUAUUUCUCAACAGUUGAGACAAUCCAACAGAAUCACACAACGAAUUGUCAACCAAGAGGCCAUACCACAAGACAACACCCCUAGAGACUCACGCAUAUUGACUACAAACCGUAACUUCAAAGAGACGUGCAAAGAUAUUUGGAACGAAGAGAUUAUAACUGCUGUGAAUUGGAUCUAUUCUAUUGACUGGUAUGAUUUAGGACUCAAUCUCGAUAAGAAGGUGUUGUCAUAUAUAAAUAAGAACUAG